AUGGAUGAAACAGAAGAUGGGGCCUCGGAUGGUACCGGUGCAACAGCAUGUUCGCCAUCUGCAACAGCAGCGGCAGACGAUAUAACCACAGAUCCGGUAAGGGUAUUUCGUUCCUGUUGA